GAUAUAUAUGUUGAGGGUAACCGAAUAAUAAAUCAGUUAUGUCACGGACGCGGUGUUUCCUUGUUCGCUCCUGUAGGUUUCCCGAAUAUAUAACUGGCGACGAGGUUUCCAGAACUGAAAUCAGUUCGUAAUAACUCGGAUUAGUGUGUAAAGUGUUACUCAAUAAAAUGCCUAUCGGGAAAGUGGAGCAAUUUGACCUAUCAAGUAAAAAGUGGUUGGCGUACAUUAGACGCGUGGAACAAUUUAUCGCAUUGAACGAAAUCAAACCAGAAUUACAAGUGGCUACAUUGGUGACAUUAGUUGGAGGUGCUACAUAUGAUCUGAUGUGCGAUUUAUGUGCCCCAAGUAACCCAGAAAGUAAAUCUUUUGGUGAAUUGGUGAAAAUUGUCGGUGAUCAUUUGGAGCCGAAACGGUCGGAGAUCGCUGAGCGCCAUGUUUUCCGGCAAAGGCGGCAAAACGUGGGUGAACCACUCAGUGAAUACUUACAGGCAUUAAAACAUCUAGCUAGCACGUGUAAUUUUACUACAACAUUAGAGGAAAAUCUGCGCGAUCAAUUUGUGUCGGGAUUAGCUAGCGAUGAUAUGAGGUCAAGAAUUUUUGCCGAACAAAAGAUAACCUAUAAAAAGGCCAUAGAAUUGGCCUUGGCAUUGGAAGCAGCUGAGCGACACGCGCAGACGAGCGGCGGGGCCGCGACGACUCAUACAGCGGCUAGCCAGGAGGCGGGCGCGGCGCGCGCGCCGGAGCCCGUGCAUCGCGUGGCGGCGGGCGGGCGCGGGCAGCGGGCCGCCGCGGCUGAGCGCUCGUCUGGCGAGCCGCCAUCUUCUCAGCCGGCGCGUAGCUACAAUUGCUGGCGAUGCGGUCGAAAUCAUCGCGCGGAAAUGUGUCGAUUUAAAAAUUACUCGUGUGAUGCGUGUGGUGUCAAAGGUCAUAUAAAAGUGAUGUGUAAAAAGAAAGCCUCCAGGCGCGUGUCUAAGUCUACUUAUUCACCCUCGACGCGUAAUCAAAAUUAUAUAGCUAGUGAUGAAGAAUCGGAAAGUGACAUUUACAAUAUUUGUGUUCGGGGAGCGAAUGACAAGCCUUAUAUGUUGGUGGCACAGGUGAAUGACAGGGAGGUAAAUUUUGAACUGGACACAGGCAGUAAGUUAUCAGCUAUUAGUUUAAAUUUUUAUAACAAAAACUUUUCUCAUUUAAAAAUUUUGAGUUAUGAUAUUUCCUUGUCUUCAUAUGUGGGCACUCCAAUCGAAUCGGUUGGAUUUAUUUAUGUAGAUGUAGCCGUCGGGAACCACACGGCUAAGAAUCUUAAACUAUUUGUGAUUAAAAAAGGUGGACCACCCCUUUUGGGGCGGUCAUGGUUAAGUAAACUGAAAAUUAGUAACAUUCAGGUCAGUGAGUUAUUACUUAAAAUGAAUGAUAUUGGAUUGGUGGAUCAACUUCGCCGAGAGUUCCCGACGGUGUUUGCUACUGGACUGGGAUCAUGUAUUAAAAAAAUAACUUUAAAUUUGAUAGACAAGAAUCCUAUAUUUAUUAAGGCCAGAUCUUUGCCUUUGGCCUUGCGUGGGCCAGUUGAGCGGGAAUUAGCACGACUCGAGGCAGAAGGUACCAUAAAGAAAGUGGAUUAUUCCGAGUACGGUACACCUAUUGUACCAGUUAUUAAAAAAUCGGGUGAAAUACGCAUAUGCGGUGACUACAAGGUCACAGUUAACCCUAAGUUACGGCGCGAGCCGUACCCUCUGCCUCGCAUCGAGGAGCUAUUCGCGGCGCUCAGUGGGGGGGAGCAAUUUUCAAAAAUUGACCUCACGAACGCGUACCAACAAUUAUUUUUGGAAAAGGACUCUCAAGCUUGUACCGCCAUUACCACGCAUGUCGGUACAUUUGUUUAUACUCGCACACCCUUCGGGUUAACUUGUGUGCCUGAAAAAUUCCAAAAAUUCAUGGAGGAAACACUUAAAGGCCUUAAAGGCGUAGCAGUGUUCCUCGACGAUAUAGCCUGCACCGGGAUAAAUCGAUCCGAGCACAUAUCGAAUUUAUUAGCCUUAUUUAACAGGUUGCGUGAGGUCGGUUUGCGAAUUAAAUUAGAAAAGUGUGCUUUCUUACAAGACAGUAUAACUUAUGUAGGAUUUGUAAUUGACAAAAAUGGCUUGCACCCGGAUAAAAAAAAGAUAAGGGCAAUUGUUGACGCUCCCCAACCUAAAGAUGUGACGCAACUGAAAUCUUUUCUAGGUUUAGUCAAUUAUUAUGGGAAGUUUAUACCUAAGUUAAGUACGAUUUUGCACCCGCUUCAUCAGUUACUUCGUAAAAAUGUGGAUUGGUAUUGGUCUGACGAAUGUGAUUUUAGUUUUAAUGAGGUUAAGAAAGUGGUUUCUGGCAGCAAGGUACUAGUCCAUUAUAAUCCGGAGCUACCUGUAGUUUUAGCUGUAGACAGUAGUUCGUACGGCAUCGGCAGCGUGUUAUCGCAUCGAUAUCCUAACGGUGACGAGCGGCCAAUAUGUUUCGCGUCGCGCACUUUGAACUCUGCGGAACGCGCAUAUAGCCAACUGGAUAAGGAGGCGCUUGCUAUUAUAAGUGGAGUUAGUAAACACCACCAGUACCUUUAUGGCCGUCAUUUCAUAAUUAAGACGGACCACAAGCCUUUAACAUUUAUUUUUGGCCCUAAAUAUGGAUUGCCACAGACAGCUGCAAGCAGGUUGCAGAGAUAUGCUACUAAGUUAGCUGCAUAUGAUUUUCAGAUUGAGUUCGUUAAGUCCCGUGAUAACGGGAACGUGGAUGCGUUAUCACGUUUGCCAUUGCCGGAAGAACGCAAAAUUCAACCGGAUGUUAUGUCGUACAUCAAUUAUGUCGAGGAAAAUAUUCCAAUUAGCGCCAAAGAAAUAGCAACUAAAACACAAGAUGACGUUACAUUAAAACUUAUAUAUAAUUAUCUGUUAAAUGGCUGGCCGGCGGCAGUAACUGAUAAUUCAUUGAAACCAUAUUUACAUCGGAAAGAUUGUCUGACAACGGAUAAGGGUUGUAUUUUAUAUAAUCAUCGGGUCGUUAUCCCAAAAGUUUUGAGAUCAAGAGUGUUACAUGAAUUACAUCAAGGACACUUGGGGAUAGUUAAAAUGAAAAAUUUGUCCCGUAGUUACGUAUACUGGCCUCAGCUGGACGCCGAGAUCGAAACCCUAUGUCGCGCGUGCUCGGCGUGCCUGCUUCAGCGUGACGCGCCGCCGCGCGCCACACUCCAUCCUUGGGUGUUCCCAACGCGACCUUGGCAGAGAUUAAAUUUGGAUUUUGGGGAAUUCCAAGGCAGACAUUACCUAAUAUCUAUUGAUGCACAUACCAAAUGGAUAGAGGUGCAAAGAAUGUCCAGUACUAAUGCCAAUUCGACUAUACUUAAACUGCGUGAGCUUUUUGCACGCUUUGGCUUGCCAUCUCACAUUAUUAGUGACGGCGGUCCUCCGUUCAAUUCAGUAGAAUUUGCAAAUUAUAUGAAAAAGAAUUGCAUUACUCAUACUAUCACUAGUCCCUAUAGACCGGCCGGGAACGGAGCAGCUGAAAACGCGGUAAAGUUAGUGAAACGCGUUAUGAAAAAAGCACUACACGAGGGUACGGAUAUCGAUACGGCAGUGUUACAAUUUUUAUUCCAAUACAGGAAUUGUGAACAUUCUACCACAGGAGUUGCUCCGGCUAUAGCCAUGUUCGGCCGGCGGCUCCGAGGUAGGUUGGAUGUACUAAAGCCUUCAAUAGAACGCGCCGUGGAGGGUGCUUCGGACCGCGCGGGACGGGCGAGGCCCGGCGCUGAACGGUAUGUUGAGCUCGGAGACCAGGUGUUAGCUCGUGAUUAUAGGGCUCGUGUGGAGAAAUGGGCCCCGGCUACGGUUGUCACUAGGGAUGCGCCACUUACUUAUAAAGUACGAUUGUCGGAUGGUCGUGAGUGGAAACGCCACAUCGAUCAAUUAUUGCCCAUUAGAAAAUCAAUAAGACAUUCGUUGCCUUCCAACGAUGUUCCCUCAGACUCUGAACCGGAAGUUACUGCAGCUGAACAGUCAAACACAAACUCGGGACGGCCUGAAGCGUUGACACCUGACUUGGUCACACCCAAUCAGGAAAUUCAACUUGCUGACAGCAACCCCUGUUCAGCCUCAAAGCCUAAUGAACCCAUUAUGCCUCGUAUUAGAAGAGCUUGUGUGUUAAGAAAAAAAAAUGUAAAUGCAUAAUUUGUUUAAGAUAAACUAUUAGAUAGGUUAGUACUUGUUAAGUAUGAGUUUUUGUUUUAAAAAUAUUCAGUAUAAUAUAUAGAUAUUAUUAAGUAAUUUAAGAACAAUAGCCUAGUAUCAUAUUAUUAUAUACAUAUAUAUAUAUAUAUAUAUAUAUUAUAAUUAAAAACCAGUUUAUGGGAAUUGAUUUUUUUUUUACUACACUCAAUUUUAAUUAAUUGGCCCUGUAAGUACAUUAGUUAUCAAAAUUGUCGUUUCUCAUGAACUGUCUGUGUUUCUAUAGAUACUAUACGCUUUAUGCUUAUAAAAUGUAUAUGUUAUCGCACCGAAAAUCACAUAAGAACUUACUCCUAAGUCUAAGUAUAUUAUUUAGAUUAUAUUGUUGAAAACUAUUUAAACACCUUUGUAUUGUUGUUAUGAGUUGCUGACUUGUUUGAGUAUAACGGGGGGACGUGUGAUAUAUAUGUUGAGGGUAACCGAAUAAUAAAUCAGUUAUGUCACGGACGCGGUGUUUCCUUGUUCGCUCCUGUAGGUUUCCCGAAUAUAUAAC